UUCCGGGGCGGGGCUAAGGCUGAGGCGAAGAUGGCGCAGGCGCCGGUGCUGCGGAUCCAGAGCGACUGGGACCAGGUCUUGAGAAAAAACGAGGAGGAGGUUUGGCUGAGCUGCAGGAGUCCAGGGAAAUCGACUUUAUAUGGAACUCUGACCUGUCACGGUCUGAACCCAGAUGGGGUUCCUGAAAUUGUAGCCUCCGAAGGAUUUGAAGUCAGCGCAAUAACUAAGAAAAGUUUGCUUGUCCACUGCUCGCGGGAAAAAACCUCUAGCAAAUUCCUGGCACCGUACACUUCCUUUUGCCGGAUCCAUCAGAAAAGUAUCACCUGCCUUGACAUCUCGAGCGGAGGUGGGCUGGGCGUAUCUACCAGCGCUGACGGCACGAUGAAAAUUUGGCAAGCCGCUAAUGGGGAAGUUAGAAGGAAUUUGGAAGGUCACGUCUUCGACGUGAACUGUUGUCGGUUUUUCCCAUCGGGCAUCGUGGUGCUGAGCGGAGGGAUGGACGCCAGGCUGAAGGUCUGGUCUGUCGAGGACGGCAGCUGCGUCGCAACUUUUCAAGGGCACAAAGCAGGAAUCCUGGAUGCAGCCAUCGUGGAGAGGGGCAGGAACGUGGUCUCCAGCUCGCGGGAUGGCACGGCACGCCUAUGGGACUGCGGCCGAUCGGCUUGCCUGGGCGUUGUAGCCGAUUGCGGCUCUCCGGUCAACGGGAUUGCUCUGGAUGUGACGGACAACUCUGAUGCAAAAUCCGGCUGA